AUGGCUUCUACAGGUGUUCUGAUUCUUAGUACACCAUUACGCUCUAAUGUGUUGGCACCACCGCUGGUAUUACUGACCCAAUUCUACUACUUUUUCCCAUUACUGGCCAAAGCUUCGAACUUCAGCGUCAUUUGUGGUAGCAUUGAGGUACCAAUAUUCUGGUUUGCGUUUCUGUGGGCCCUCACCUUUUCUGUUCUUCAGGACAACCUUCCACCUCCCUCACAAGUAAUAGCCCUUUGCAAGAAAUGUGGCAUUCAAUCAUUUCGUCUCUUUGAUCCAAGCCAUGACAUAUUGGAAGCCCUAAGAGGUUCAAACCUCAAAGUAAGCAUCGGAGUUAAAAAUGAAGACAUUCAAACCCUAGCUUCAAACCCAUCAGCAGCAAACCAAUGGGUGAGCACCAACGUGGCACCUUAUGCAGAUGACGUCAACAUUCAAUGGAUCACCAUAGGGAAUGAAGUCAUCCCAGGAGUUGAAGCGACGUUAGUCACACAAGCCAUGCAAAACAUUUACAGUGCAAAAAGCUCCAUAUUAGGCCCAACAAAUAGUAUCAAAGUCACAAAAGUUAUGUCUAUGGCCGGUCUCAGAAACGGAUAUCCUCCUUCAAAUGGUGUGUUUUCAGAUGAGAUUGUGGAAGUAAUGAGGCAUGUAUCAAGUUUUCUUGCUCAAACAGGAUCACCUCUUUUGAUCAACGCAUAUCCUUACAUGGCCUAUGCCUCAGACCCACAACAUAUUUCUUUUGAGUAUGCAACUUUUCAAGCCCCAAGUCCUAUAAUAGAUGGAAACUUGAAAUAUUUCAGUUUGUUUGAAGCUAUGGUUGAUGUAGUUAAUGCGGCAAUGGAGAAAAUAGGAUUUGGGAAUGUGCCUGUUCUGGUGGCUGAGACAGGAUGGCCUACAAAAGGGAAUGAGCCAUUCACAAGCAUAGAGAAUGCUCAGACAUAUAAUCAUAAGCUUCUAAGUUUUGUGCAGAGUGGUAAGGGUAGUCCUAGAAAGCCAACACAACCCGUAGAUGCAUUCAUAUUUGCGAUGUUCAAUGAGGACAAAAAGGAAGGGAUUGUGGAGCAAAAUUGGGGAAUAUUUAAUCCUGAUAUGAGUCCUAUUUAUCCACUUUUUCCCUGCUGA